AUGCUGCGGACACCGCUUAUCGCCAUCGCGGCGCUGUGGUGGAGCAGCCUCGUCGCCGCCCACGUCGUCAUCACCUACCCCGGCUGGAGAGGAAACAACCUGCACACCAACGGUACCAAUCAAGACGGCUCUAUUCCCACCGGAUCGAUAGGAAUCGAUUAUGGCGAAAACGGAACCAUCGGUUUCCCCUACGGCAUGCAGUGGAUGUAUCCAUGCGGCGGUAUGCCCACGAGCACCAACCGCACCAAAUGGCCUGUGACCGGCGGCGCCGUUGGUUUCCAGCCCGGCUGGUUUUCCGGGCACAAGACGGCGCUCCUGUACGUCAACCUGGGCCUGGGAACCGAGCCCCUCAACAUGUCGCACAACAUGAUACCCGUCUUCUCGAUCAGUGGGCCCUCCAACAACAUGUACCCCGGAUCCAUCUGUCUCUUGCAAGUGCCGCUGCCUGCGAACGUCAGCGUGAACGUGGGCGACAACGCGACGAUCCAGGUUGUCGAGAUUGCGCAGCACGGCGCCGCGCUGUACAGUUGCGUCGACAUCACGUUUGCGGAGCCGCACGACGUUGCCGAGGUUAACGAAACGAACUGCGUCAAUACUACGAGCCCCGAUGCCCACAUCACCUUCGACACCGUCUUCACCGCGUCCGGUCUGAGCGCCGCGAACUCUCUAUUCCAUACGAAUCCCUUGGCGACAGCACUCCCGACAUUUGGAGCGCUUCUGUGCGCGUUCCUGAUGCUGUAA